AUGGUCACGAUUUUAAUGAAAGGGCACGUUAGUCUUCGUGCUGCCCAUAACGCUCUCGGGAUACGCCCAAGUCGCCGUGAAGAGCUAGUAUCCCAAGACCAGCUCAUCAAGAUCGCCCAACUACUAUUCGAUACGUCGACUUCCGAUAGAGUUGCAACUUGCUACGCGUUCGACAAGAAACCAAGGCUCAGUUAA